CUUUGCCUAAAGAAUCUAAAACCUAUUCGCGAAUUAUAAUAACCUACCGUUUUCUCAUCAAAUCCUUAAUCCAAUAAGCCCACUCGCAUACUAAACAGGACCCAGACUAGUUGUCCACACGCUAAAAGUUGUGACCUAGUCUUUGCUUGCUAACACCGCAUUUGCAUAUCUCUUGAAUACUUUGGACUUUUAACAGUCUUUUGCAUAAAAACCACAAGAUGGAGGCUAUCAUCGCUCAGAUUAACGACAAGAAGACCUGCGAAGCAGGCGUCAAGGCUCUGCAGGCCACUAUGGAUGGCACGAAGCCGAAGCUGAUCGAGGCUCUUGCCGCGAUCCCGGCUUUGAUGGAGGCUGUCGCCGGAAAGGACAAGGCUGGUGCAACGGUAGGAUUUUUUUAGAUAAGGCUUUUUCAGAUUUCCCAAAUGGAAUUUUUUCGAGAUUUAGAUUUAUUUUUGUCGGCGGAACGAGAUGUUGGUAAAACACAGCGAUGGAAAUUUCAAUGUGGAUGCAUGGGGCUUAGAUUCAUGGAUUUAGAUUUUUACGGGGAUAUUCGAACUGUCCGCUGCUGACUGGCGGGACUCAUAUUCUGGCUUCAAAUUUUGAAAUCUAAAACUCAAUACAGCUCGCCGAGAAGGUUGUUCGUGAGAUCUUCGGCACUGUCGAUGAGUGGUCUGCAUCCGUCACCCUGAAGACCUUGACCUCUUCGCUCGAGGGCAAGGCCAAGCCGGCAAUGAAGGAGCUCGCUUGCGAACUCAUCACCGAAUUCGCCGCCAAGCACCCGAAGGUAAUAGCGUUUAGAUUAGGAUUUAGAUCCGGAUUUCCGAGGUCAGCUCCUGAAUUAGAAUUUUUUUAGAAUUUUUAUCGAGAUCGAGUGGAUGAUCCAGAGUGAUACGUUUAUCCUUCUCCUACCAAAUGUCCUUACUCACAUCUCUCCCAUUCUCCUUCAUUAUCGACCUCCACAGGCUUUCGCUCGUGAGAUCGAGUGGAUGAUCCAGAGUGUUGUGCUGCUCAUGAACGACAUCAAGGCUUCCGUCAAGGCCAAGGCUAAGGAGUGCCUCCUGAAGAUGUGCUACACGUGCGGUAACAAGGAUUUGAUCGGAUCUGAUGAGGGCGCCACUGUCUACGCCGAGUCCUUCAUCCCGACCAUCAUCAAGGCCAACGAGUCCUUGAAGAACGUACUUUUUUUUUAUCUUGCCUAGUAGAAACCUGCACAGCUGCGUAUGCAGAGUGUGUCGUUGUUGUUCGAGACUAUUGUGAUUCGAAAGUUGUUAAACUCCAAUCAAGGUCGAAGAGUGCGUCGAGAAGCUCGCUGGUUGCGUCUUUGUCCAGAACGUCGAAGCUCCCCACUUGGCCGUUAUCACUCCGGUGUUGUGGCGUGGUCUUAACACCAAGUCCGAACAGUGCCAACGUCGCUGCUGCGUCAUCGUCGAUAACAUGUACUACUAUGCUUGUUGCCUCUAUCGUCAGUUUUGAUGUUGUGAUGCUUCCAACUUUCCUCAUACUGUUGCUCGAUUUCUUGUUUUUUCAGUUUCUUAUUGUAUUGCACUCUACAAAGGGAGUGGGCGCAAUAUAGGUAAUUUGGGCAGAAUUCCAGCGGAUUGCGUUUUUUUCAUGGACGUAAAAUCCUCCUAAUGCAUCUGCAAGAGUAAAACUAGCGAGUUCACCCCUCCCUUCCUAUUAGAUAUCAGUGGGAUGGAGGUUCUUAUCGUAUGGACAGUCAUAUGGACAUCUAAAUUUGGAUGAUGUGAUAUUGAUAGAUCUAGAUUCGGCAGAAUUCCAGCGGACUGCGUUUUCUUCAUGGACGUAAAAUCCUCCUAAUGCAUCUGCAAGAGUGAAACUAGCGAGUUCACCCCUCCCUUCCUAUGAGAUAUCAGUGGGAUGGAGGUUCUUAUCGUAUGGACAGUCACGUAUGGACAUCUGCAUCUCGACUGCCAGCGAUGCCUCAUCCGGCCCGUAGUAGGCGUUCAAUUAUGUUCGCGCCGGCAUGUCACUUCUUAGUGAAGGCAAUUUCAUGCCACUUCUUCGUGAAGGCAAAAUUUCUAAGUGUAACUCUCUCUCACCUCUUUCUAUCAUAACUCUCUCUCACCACCUUCAAUCAGGUGUAAGCUCGUCGAUGAUCCACGUGAGGGUCAGCCGUUGUUCCCCGAAAUUUUGCCGUUGGUCAAGCGCCGAGCUGAGGAAACGUCCGACCCGGAUUGCCGUGAGAUGGCUGAGAAGUGCCUUGCCACCAUUACGAAGCUCCAGGUACUGUUCAAUCUUGUUCUUUACCUUCUUCUUCUGAAGUGGUAGAUGUUCCGUCCGAGUCGUUUUCCUCGUUGAGAAGAUGUGAUCGCAGAAGCAGUAGAUGUAUGAAGCUUACGACAGAAGAUAUACUUUGCCGAAGAUGUAGCGUAUGUGAUUGCAGAAGCAGUAGAUACUCUUUUGAUGAAUUUGUAGUGCAUCUUUGCCAGAAGGUUUCUGGACGUAAAAUCUUGUGAAUCCUUGGGUGUUCCUGAAAAUAGGUACCGGUUGAAAGUGAGUCGACAGCACAAGUUCUAGUGGACCCAACUUUCUUUCUCUAUUCACGACCUUAAUAAUAUCCUUAUUUUCUCCAUCACAACUCAAAACAGUCCGUUGGCCCGAAGCCGGAGUUGGACUUGAAGGAGAUCGCAGGAAAGGUCUGCGCUCUGCCGGCUAUGUCUGAGGAGGUGGCCACCUACCUGCAGAAGGUUACCUACGCCAUGAACAAGGCCAACUGCUACGAUUUGUCCUCCUGGACGACCACCCUCGCUCCGUUCGUCACCGACGCCAAGGCCGUCGAGAGCAUCAUGAACGAGUUGGCCAACGCUGGCAAGCCAAAGGAGGUUGAGUUCGUCGAUGACUCCACGGACCCGGAUCUGUACAAGGGAUCCUUCUCCCUCGCCUACGGUACCCUCACGCUUCUCCGUGACACCAAGCUGCACUUGAAGAAGAACAAGUUCUACGCUCUGCUCGGACCGAACAACUGCGGUAAGACCACCUUGAUGCGCGCCAUCUCCAAGGAGAAGGUGGAGGGCUUCCCGAAGCGUGACGAACUCGUCACGAUCUUCGUCGAGCACGAGGUCGAGGAGCGCAUGCUCGAAGAGCCAUCUAAAGAGUGGCCCACGGGUAAGUUCAACAUCGAUUUGAACGGUAUGGAGUUCUGCGUCGACACCGUCAACAACGUGUACAAGAAGUCCCCGCCAAUCACCCUCGCUGAUGCGGAAAAGGAGCUCGGCAUCAUCGGUUUCAAGAACAAGGCCAAGGGCGUCAACCUUAGGGUACUAUAUCCGAUAGGAUUUUUGCCUCCAUCGUGAGUCAAGAUGGACUUGCCAGUAGCAUUUGGCUCUUCUACCUGCAUAGCAAGUAGGCCUGCUCGCUCACGGGUGACGGUUUUCAAAUUCUUGAUGUGUGCAAAUAUUUAGAGCACCAGAAUUUUUUUUGACUCAAAUCCAACGCCUCACAAUCCAAAGUAAACCUUCUUGCCACCAUAUGAAACAGGCCGCCGCCGAUAUGUGCAACCCGAUUACCACUUACUCUGGUGGUUGGAAGGUGAAGAUGCAGCUUGCCUGCGCUAAGCUCAUCGACGCCGAUAUUUUGAUGCUUGACGAGCCCACUGGGCAUUUGGAUGUCAAGAACAUUCAGUGGAUGAAGGACUGGCUCAAUGCCUUCCCGGGAUCCAUCAUCGCCUCUUCCUCCAACUCCACCUUCUUGGACGAGAUGAUCACGCACGUUAUCGAUUUCCAGGUACCUUUUACUUUCUUUUCAGCAGUUAAAGCUGUCUUUUCAGCAGCUCUGAUACGGUAGGUAUUUUAAGUGUCUCACAUAUCCCAUCCCAUCGCGAUGAGCCACCACUAUGAGCCCUUCAACUGAAUAGGAUCGUUUUCACCUCUACAAACUUAGACUUAUCCCAUGCAGCCAAUCACUUUAAUCACUACAGGACCGCAAGCUUGUCCAGUUCAAGGGAGAGAAGGGAUCCGUGUUGACUGAAUUCGUCACUGCCUUCCCGGAAAAGAAGUCGUACUUCGAACUUUCCAACAAGAACGUCAAGUUCGUCUUCCCGCCGCCGGGCCCUCUUGAGGGUGUCAAGUCCAAGGGUCGCGCCAUCUUGAAGAUGAACAACGUCAACUUCAAGUAUCCGACUCACGACAAGUGGACUGUCCAGGUACUCACUUUAGACAACGACUACGACUGUUUAGAUUGACACUUCGGGAUCGCCUCUUCCUAGAUUCUGGAUCCUCAGAUUGGAGGCCCCUCUUUAGAUUCACAUGUUCUUUCAAAUUCCAUCACCUCACAGGACAUCACGCUUUCCGUCUGUAUGGCUUCGCGAAUUGCCGUGAUCGGUGCCAAUGGAGCCGGUAAGUCCACCGCCAUCAAGUUGCUCAUCGGUGAGUUGAAGAACGAACACGGAACCAUCUGGAAGCACUCUGGUAUGCGGUUGGCCUACGUCGCUCAGCACGCCUUCCAUCACUUGGAGAAGCAUUUGGAUAAGACCCCGGUCCAGUACAUCCUGUGGCGUUUCGCCGGUAACGACGAUCGUGAAUCCCUCGAGAACCAGACCAACGAAGUCAACGACGAUGAGGAAGCUCUGCGAUUGGUCAAGUGGUGCGUGGAUUCCAAGUCCGGUGUCGUGCGUAAGUGCGUGCCAGGCGAGAAGGGCGAUAUCCCGGUGGUGCCGGACACCAUCUUGAACCGUCGUAAGAACAAGCAGAAGAAGUACGAGUACGAGACCAAGUGGAUGUACAAGCCGAUCGAAGGUGCCUGCUGGGUCGAGCGUGACACGCUCAGGGCAAUGGGCUACGAGAAGAUGGUCUGCCGUGAAGAUGAGAAACAGGCUGCCGCUGCCGGUUUGAUGAGCAAGCCGUUGACGGCGCCGUCCGUCGAGAAGGAGUUGAAGAACUUCGGUUUGGAUGCGGAAGCCGCCUCCUACUCCCCGAUUCAGUCCUUGUCCGGUGGUCAGAAGGUGAAGGUCGUCCUGGCAGCAGCGAUGUGGAUGAACCCGCAUAUUCUCAUCUUGGACGAACCGACCAACUACUUGGAUCGCGAUGGGUACUUCUUACUUUGCUUGCUGUUAUUCGGUUAUAUUAUGCCGUUUUUGAUCUGACUAUUGGAUUUGCAGGUUUUUUUCACUGCUUCUUGUCGAGUCCAUUUGUCCUCACAUAGCACUUCUACAUCUUGUUCUCCUUGAAAACCACACCACACUACCACCUUCCCCCAGGACCUCCUCUCACCAAUCGAUCCAAAAAUCUCAGUCUCGGUGCUCUCUCCCUCGGUUUGGUCGACUUCGGCGGAGGUGUUGUGAUCAUUAGUCAUAACAUGGAAUUCGCAGAGAAGGUGUGCACCCAGAAGUGGAUUAUGGAAGCCGGUCGCUUGCGCGAAGAGGGUGAGCUCGUCGUCGAUGACGAUGAUUUCGCUGACACUAACGCCCAGCCAGACGAGAUCGUCGAUGCCAGCGGCAACAAGAUCGCAGUCAACAAGGUCAAGUUAUGCCUCACAGGAUCAUGGACUCUGCAUUAUAUAUACGCUUCACAAACUGCUCUUUGAAUUCUUCGAUAUACUUUGGACCCUCGAUUAUAUUCCUUCUAUUAUCUCAUUCGCUCUUCCAAUAUUAGUACGGCUACUAGUUUUCCCUUCGAUUGCCUUGUGUAGUUGAGAGAAAAUAGCCCAGCACACAGGGCCUGUUCUUCCGCCCAUUCCCUAGCUCAGAAAAUUCUCGUUGAUUGCCCAACUUCUUUUUCCCAUCUCCUUUUCCCAUCUCCUUUCCCUCCUCUAAUUUGUACUAUGUCCGACAAGGAUCGUAAGAAGGCUAUCAAGGAGAUCGAGAAGAAGCUGAAGGACCAUAAGAAGAAGAACACCCUCUCCGAUGCCGAGAUGUGGGAGUUGCAGGACAAGCUGGCCGAACUCAAGACCGAGAUGGGCGCUUAA